AUGGAUCAACAAAUAAAGUUCACAUUUGAAUGUCGUGUUUGGGUUAAGGGUUUUGAAGAUGAAAUUUGCUUUACAACAUGCAUUCCUGAGUUGAACAAUAUAAUCAACAAUAAAUGCAACUAUAUCAUCAUCAUCAUCAUCAUAAAAUCCACUUUAGUUAGGGAACGUUUUCGAGAAAUAGAAUUAUUUUUUAUUUCUUAUAAAAAAAUAUUGGGGUUGUUAGGAAAGUUAGAUCUGCAUCAUCCUUAUUAUGAUUAA